ACAAUCAGCUCUCAGUUAUUUAUUGGUGCAGCUCGCGCUCCGCUCGGCUCAGUCUGCUGCUGGCUGUCCGCGCGCGCACACACACGGAGGUUUACAUGGAGGAGAGAGGAGCAGGGAGAAACACGGGGCGAUUGUGGACUACACCGUUGAUAUAAACGCAGAAAACGGAGAGAAAUCACUCCAAGCUACGUUUGUUGUUGUGUCUGUAAUGACCGGAGUUUAUUUUGGUUUCUUUCUCGUGAAACUCCCAAGCUGCCUUUUCUUUGAUUAAAGUCCAGUUUACGGAAAUGAGAACUGCUGAGGAGUCCUCAGGAACGGUCCUGCACCGUCUCAUUCAGGAGCAGCUCCGCUACGGGAAUCUGACAGACACGCGCACUCUCCUGGCCAUCCAGCAGCAGGCUCUGCGUGGAGGCAGUAGCAGCAGUGGUGGGGGCGCGGGGAGUCCCCGCUCCUCUUUAGAGAGCCUGACUCAGGACGAUUCUCAGUACAUGCAGAUGUCCACGCGACAGGAGCCUCAGGGCCAGGAGCACCAGGCGGACGGCCUGCUCUCUGAGGGCCAGGUGUGCCAUCUGUACCAGCUCCAUGGAGAGGAGCUGCCCACAUACGAGGAGGCUAAAGCUCACUCACAGUACCUGAUCUCCCAGCAGGCCGAGCAGCAGGCAUCCAGCAUGGACAUAAUGGGGGGACAGAGUGAGGGGCAGUGGGAUCUGAAGAGGGAGCAUGCUCGCUCCCUCAGUGAGAGGCUUUUGCAGCUUUCUCUGGAGAGGAAUGGAGGUAGACACAGUACGGCUAUGAGCUCCUCACACAGCUACCCACAGCUGUACAACAACAACGUCACAAACCCUGUUGCUCAUGAAGGUUCUCAGCAGAGUGUGGACCAGCGAAGGCCCCCUCCAGACUAUCCUCUCUUUGCCAGACUUCCUGGAUAUAUGCUGAGUCACUCGCAGGAGCAUGUUCAGUACUACAGAGAACCUCCUCCACCUUUCUACGCUCAGCAUCACAGCAGGUAUGUGUCUGCUCAGUCCCAGGUGGCUCACAACAACAGCAACACAAUCACAACCCCCAGCAGUAACUCAACUCAGACAGACAUGUUGAUGCGGGAGAAUGAGAGGCUCAGGAAGGAGUUAGAGGUCUACACUGAGAAGGCUGCUCGGCUGCAGAAGCUGGAGCUGGAGAUUCAAAGGAUUUCUGAAGCAUAUGAGACUCUGAUGAAAGGAUCUGCAAAGCGGGAAACUCUGGAGAAAACAAUGAGGAAUAAGCUAGAGGCUGAGAUUAAGAGGAUGCACGACUUUAACAGAGACCUCAGAGAACAACUUGACACAGCAACCAGACAGCGAGCAGCCAAGGAGGCAGAGUGUUCAGACCAGAGACAGCACGUCUUUGUUAAGCUGCUUGAGCAAAAUGAGGAGCAGCAGAGGGAGCGUGAGCAGCUGGAGCGUCAGAUACAGCACCUGCGCGUCUCAGGAGAGGAGUGCCAGAGGAGAGGGGAGAUUCUCGAGCAGGCUCUGGCCACAACUCAGGCCAGAAACAGGCAGCUGGAGGAGGAACUGCAGAGGAAGAGAGCGUAUGUGGAGAAAGUGGAGCGGCUGCAGAGCGCGCUGGCUCAGCUGCAGGCCGCGUGCGAGAAGAGGGAAGCGCUGGAGCUGCGGCUGCGCACGCGACUGGAGCAGGAGCUGAAAAGCCUCAGAGCACAACAGUCUCAGAACCAAGCAGCAGACUCCUCAGCCUCAGAGCUGAGCUUGUCCACGUUGCAGCAGCAGCUGAGGGAGAAAGAGGAGCGUAUUCUGGCUCUGGAGGCAGACAUCACCAAGUGGGAGCAGAAGUAUCUUGAGGAGAGCACUAUGAGGCAGUUUGCAAUGGAUGCAGCUGCUACUGCGGCAGCACAGAGGGAUACAACCAUCAUCAAUCAUUCACCUCGACAUUCACCAAACAGCAGUUUCAAUGAAGACUUGCCUCAGAGACAUCAAGAGAUGGAGAAAAGGAUCCGCGCUCUCCACGCUCAGCUCCUGGAGAAGGAUGCUGUGAUCAAAGUCCUCCAGCAGCGCUCCAAAUGGGAGCAGGGCAAGCUCCGUCUUGCCAGGUCCGUCCCCUCCAUCAACACUGCAACCAGCAGCACGGAGACUAAAGGAAAGAGCCUCUCAGAUGACCAGACAGGCGCUGCUGUGCUGCAUAUCCAAUCGCUGGUGGUGCCCAAGGCCCCGAGCCGAGACUCCAGCACCCAGAGUGAUGAGGCUCAACUGGAGCCUGAAUCCACAACAGAGCCUUGCAAGCUAAAGACGCCUGAGGUGAUCUCAGCAUCAAUAACUGACGCCUCGGAGGAGCCAAAGGCAGCACUCAAGACAUUCAAGAGCAUCAACGGCUCAGACGCAGAGGUGGUCGAAAUCCUCAUUUGAGCGCUCUUUGCAGCUGAUAUGACUGAGCGAUGACAGAGACACUUGGCCGGGUUGUUAAAGGCCUUCGUGACGUCUGGCUUCAAGUAAAGAAUGACCCACCGUCUGUUGUCAGUGUGAAUGAACAUGCAGAGUCCAGAAUGAGGCACAGUCUGAAGAGGAGAGCUGAGCUUUCCUUUGACUGUGUUGUUGACUCAUGAGACUUCAAGGUACCUGGAUAGUAUUGUGUGUUGUGAUAGGAACUGGGCUGCUGAUUGUUUAUAUGUGGUGCAUGUCACUUUUUUGUUAUGUAUUUUAUUUAUAUUUAUAUAAGUGCUGCUCGUAUUUUGAUGUUUUUUCUUGUUUGAGAGGUAAGAUGAACAAAGAUCACUUGCCCUGCUCUGCUCCACUUAAAUUAUGAACUUAUGUACUCACUUUUCUGGAUUAAGUUCCCAACAUAUGUAUGUUUCGUUUGGCUUAUUUUAAAUUUCCAGUAGUGAUCCUAUUACCAUGCCCCUUGAGAGUAAUGGGAAUAUUUAUAAAAUGACUCCGUGAGAGCAUCCUCCCGUGUUUCCAUGCUGUGUUCGAGGAUUAUUCUGUUUAACAGAACAACUCAAAUCUAAAUUAACAGUGGCUCCUCUCUUUAAAAUACAUUCGGCCCCCUGCUCGCAGCUCAGAGGAGGAUUUGGAAACUUCCUUUGAAUGCGGAGCCUGCAGAACCUCAGCUCAUUUCUCUCUUAAAAAAGCCUACGAGGACUGACAGCGUUUCAUGGAGGUCUAAUUUUCCAGAUCCCGGGUUAAUGUUUGGGGCCUCACAUGGAGACUGCCCAACAUGUCUCUCCCCUCCGCUGACACGCUGGAGCUAAUCUUCUCACAUUCCCCCAGCUGAGGGAAUGCUCCCGUUAAAGAAAAAAGGCUAUCUAAAGUCUGACCCCUCGCCCUUGUUAAAAUGGCACGCAUUCUCUACAUGAUUCCUUUUCUUGGGCUGGUUAUUUCUUCUGAGCCGUGGUAGCUGGUUCCACCAUGAGCACAGAAAUGGUCAACUAUAAUUGGCCAGCAUUUGCUCCUCUAUUUGUUGUCCCCAUCACUGUGUUAUAUUCAGACGUGUUUGCUCCAUUGCUCAAGUAUCUCACAUUUCUAAGGACUAACGUGGAAUCUUCUAUUUAUUUCUCCCUGCACGGAGCAGGAUCACUGAACACAGCUGAAUGUAGACCCCUCUUUUCCCUGACUGUUUUAUAUUUAACUGGAAUGUGCCAUAAUUUAGAUUAAAAGUCCAAAUUAAUUGAUUUGUGAAGAAGCUAAUGUAUUAUCCUGCAGUUCUGAGUUGUUGAUGUCCACCUUGACAAGGUUAUCACAGGAGCAUCUGUGUAAAGUCUAACAAAGAUCAUAUGAAAUGUCAAAUGUCGGAUAUUCCCCUGAAACUUUCCAUCAUAUUUCCGUCACAUUGCAUUUGCUGGUCAGUGCAGCGUGUCCUUCAUUGUAACCCCCUUCACUUUGUUCAGAAUGUGUUUACAUGAAUGGCUGUUUGAAGUGGGAGAAGUUAAUAUAUUGUGUUUUUCAUUUAUUUACUGUAUUUUUAUUAUUUUCUGGUGCCAAAGAUGUACUCUAUGUUUAAGUUAUAACCAUUGUAAAAUACAAAAGGUCCUGUAAAGGCACCUUGCUUCAGCUGGUUGAUCGUUUUGUUGUGGCUGUGAACUUUUGUAAUGGAAACAUUUGUAUGUACGCCUUAACAUUUCACUUUAAUAGAUUAAAAUUCUUAAUAUAUGU